GCUGGAUGGAACGUUGUGACGUUGUGACGUUUCGUAGGUGAGUGACGUCAGACAGGAACCAGUCGGAGGGAGCUUGACAAAUCAAGAUGGCGUCCCACGCUGAAGCAGGAAAGAGAUUUCAGUAUAAAUAAAACUCUUUCUGAGAAUAGUUUACAUUUGAGUGCCAUCUCGCCAGUGCGUCGUACGGAUUUCGAAAACAAAACGGGGACGGGAGCAGAUACAGAGUCUCUAAAUGGCUGCGAGGAAGUCUGGAUCAGAUGCAUACAACAAUGGACCUAUCAGCUACCUUGAAGACGUUCCCUUCAAGAUCAAUGACAAAUUCCGCUGCCCAGCCAAAGUGGGGCUUCCUGUAGGUUUCUGUCUCCCAGACUGUGGAUCCUUGCUGGUGGACUCACAGUAUGACUUUUCUCUGGAGAGACGUAGUGUGCGCUGGGGGGUUGAACUGGCUGAGGCCAGAGCAGCAGAAGCCAGAGCAGAAGAGGCAGCAGCAGCCAAGCAGGAGGCAGAGAGCAGGGAGAGCUUGGCACAGGCCCAGGACACCGAUGCUGGUGGUGGGAAGAAACCCAGGUCUGCUGCAGAGGACCAGGACCUUCUACCACCAGCGUUGAACCCCGUCAUGGCGGGGCUGAGCCAUAAUGACAUCCUCACUCCACUGCCUGCCACGAGCCUUGGCCCCAGGAAAAUCCAGCCUAGCACUCCCCUGCACUGCCUCAACCUCGCUGACUUUGAGCGGGAGGAGGACCCCUUUGACAAAGUGGAGCUCAAAACUUUGGACGAUAGGGAGGAGCUCAGGACCAUCCUCCAGAGCCAGCCCCAACCUCAACCUCAACCUCAACCCUCUGUAUCCCCACCAGAGGUUUCCCAGAUAGGGUCACUGUCACGUGGAAACAGCCCGCCUCCUCCGAGCAUCAACUCAAGCCUAGCGGCCAAACCUGGCUUUUCCCAUAAACCCAACGGGUUGAUCGCCUUGCUGGACAUGGACAGAGUUGGGCACCCUGGGAGAACGGGGUUUGACACCGACGAUCGGCCCUGUAACAUCCGCUCUCUCACUUUCCCCAAGCUCUCUGAUUCUGGUGACCCAGAGCCAGUGAGGUACAGCCAACUCCCUGCACCCAUCGCUGCUCCCCGACAUCACCUAACCAAUGGAAGCCCACCGACCACACCCAAGACCCAAGUUAUUGUUCCCCCUGAGCCAACGAGCCACACAAAGAGUGGCGCACCAAAACCGGUCAACCCUGGGUCAGGAUCUGCCGGUCUUCCGUGCGGUGGAGCGCUGCUCAGCAUGACCCCCAGCGAGCGUCAGUGUGUGGAAACCCUUGUGGGAAUGGGCUACUCUUAUGAAGGUGUCCUACGGGCCAUGCAGAGACAAGGGCAGAAUGUGGAACAGGUACUGGAUUACCUGUUUGUCCAUGGGCGUCUGUGUGAGCGGGGCUUCGAUGCAAUUGCAGUGGAGGAAUGUUUAGAGAUGUACCAAUGCUCAGAGGAAAAGGCUUUGCAGUUCCUUGAGUUAAUGUCAAGAUUUGGCGAAAUGGGAUUUCAGCGGGAAGCCAUCAAAGAGGUGCUGCUGGUCCACAACAAUGAUCAGGAAAAGGCUCUAGAGGACCUGAUGGCUCGGGCAGCAGCUAGCUGAGCCAAGCUAACCAGCCAACCAAAGCCCAGCCCAGGGUGUUCCUCCCGCUACUACCCAACACAGCCCCUUUCCUUCUGCCUAUCCUAUCACACCAUGCCCUGCCCUUGCCUUGGCUGUGGAAGGGGCAGCUGGGAGAAGGUUGAAUUUCUCUCUGUGCUAAAACGUAUUGUGUCUAAGCACAUCUUAAAGACUGUGUGCCUAGAGUGGAGGGGGUAAAAGGGUACCAAAACUUCAUGGUGGUGUUUUGUUUUUUUCUAAGAAAUUCUGGGGUUAGUUCCCAGGAUUUUGUACUGCAAGGGUAUUCAAGAAGGACUGAGCUGGAAAGGAAAGAUUGGAUAAAAUGAGCUUUGGUGUUUUAAUGCCGUUCAUAUAUGCUUCCGCUUGGAAGUCGUAUCUGUCUGCAGGCAAAACUGCAGGACCGAAUGGGGAGCUGGUGAUGGGUUCUGAGUACAUCACAGAAAGACCAGUUUGAACUCUUGAAACUCCCAAACAUCUAAGCUGCCAUCUUCCACUGCUUUGUGCAGACCUAGUAAAUGGUGGCGAGGAUAGGGGGCCUUGAGGAGGCUCUCUUCAAACUGAACCAAUUAACGUUAAAAGUCAAAAAGAAGAAAAGAAAAUCCCAGUCGCCAGACAGACAACUGACUCUAAGAAGUGCCCUCUCUGCUCUGGUGCCCUGCACCUACUACUUUAUUCUUUCAUUAAUUCAUGUCUGUUUUUCUCUUCAUUUGGGCGCUUUUUCAUGUCCGCAUAAAGAUUAUAUUUCUUUGAUUUUUGUUUUAGGGACUGCAUAAUAGAUCCUUAGUCACUUUUACUCAGAACACAAGAGAUGCUACUGCCCCAGUAGGCUCUUCAACCUGCACUGGAAGGGCCUGUUAAAGGCGUGGGGAGUAAUAGGGAACGUUCCUCUCUAGGAAAUAAUAAGAAAUAUCCCAUAACCCACUGGCACUGAUACAGUGUCACAUACAGCACACAUGUUUCAUAAUACUACACUGAUACUUUCAUUUAAAAAUCAAGAGUUUGAUAUGAAAAUGUAAGAUAUGUUAACUCACGUUUACCUGUCAUGGACUUCUGUUUGAAGACUGGAAAAGAGUGAGUGGGUUUAAAAAAUAAAAUGUGAGUGAGGGUUGUUUUUGCAGCCACAUCGCAGUGCAAUAGAGACAUUUCAUGUUGUGUUACUGUUGAGUCAAGUAAUUGUCGGGAGAGAAGAAAUGGUCCUCAAGCCUCGAUAGAAAUUUGGAUGUGACUUGAAUAGGUCAGAUUUCAGUGAUCGCCAUCAUUUAUUCUCUGUUAUUGGAUUUCAUGCCACACAAUCUAAUCAAACGUGACUUUGGUUUCUCAUGUGUAAUAUGAAAUGAGUGGUCAUCUCCACAGUCUUAAAUGUAAAGUUAACAAAAGUUUGUCCCAAAAAGCUAAAAGCAUUUCCUUAAAUGUUGAUUGGGUGUAAUUGUUUAAAAGAAGGCCAGGAUCCUUUAAUUCCAUAGUAUGCGUCUGACUUUAGUGCUACAUAAAUGUUUUUAAAAGAGCAUCUGCUCCGUUGCACCAAAUGUAAGAAUUUCCCAUAAUCCUGAUCUCUGUGGUACUGAUGGGGAUUGUUAGAGGCAUGGUAACAGAUUAAGGAUUCAAAGUUAGAAAAAAUGUGAAUUGGAGAAAUGGCACUUUGUUUGGGGCAGGUCCAGCACUUAGUCCUAUCUUUCACAAUUGGAAAAAAAAAGAUUUCCAACCAGUAAUCAAUUUAAGAACAAUGCCUGGUUUAGAAAAAACUAUAAGGUUGUUUAUUUCCAAUACAGACAUAAUUUUAAUGGAUAAAGCAUCUGAAUAAUUUACAGCACCACAAAAAUCUGACAAAUAAGCAAAUCUUUGCAGUAAAUACACCUCCCUCAACAAACAUCCCAGUGUUCGCUAAUGUGACACACUUCAUUGUGAAUAUUUUCCUCAGUUUUGCUGUUUUUCUGGAAAGGACCGUGCCUGGUGCAGGCAGACAGCAUGACACAGGCAAGGUGUCAUGUUAGACCUAGCAUCCUUAUUCAAGCCACCGUGUUGUCUGAUGUGUUGUUGACAUGAUAAACAAAAAAAUGUUUUCAACCA